AUUGAGAUCGCCCCAGACGGAAAGGCGACGAGAAUCUUGGGAGCAUGGAUAGGCAAUGGUGUUGACGAGCAAGCAGUCUGGUCCCCGAUCUUAGAAAAGAUUGAAAAAGUGCUCCAAUGCUGGGAGAAAUGGCACCCUAGUAUCGAAGGGAGGAAAAUCAUCAUAGAGAGAACAAUAGGCAGUAUGACUCAAUAUCUUACUAUCGCACAAGGUAUGCCGAAAGAUGUCGAAAACAUCCUCACUACUAGAACUCGUAAGUUCAUAUGGGAUGGCAAAGGAAACAACGCAAUAAGUAUGAACAUUCUGUGCGCUCCCAUAGAGAAAGGA